UUACAACCAGACUUUACCAUGGUGAUGCUUUCCCUUUUCCGGUAUCCAAACCCUAUGAGUGACGUAACACUCUGGACGACGACGAGACUACCCCAGUGAAGCCCGAAGUUUGUUGCUAGGUGCCUUGCAUGAUCCUCACGGUCACAGUUUCCUCAAGGGCUGGGUAGAGCUGUCUUCUCGCCGUCAACAGCAUUACGCGAUUACUGUAGACGGUUUGAAGUGGCCCGGACACUGGGAGGCAUCGCACAUUAGGACAAUGAGCUUCUUGUUUGGGAACCGUUCGUCAAAAACCUUUAAACCGAAGAAGAAUAUCCCCGAAGGGUCUCAUCAAUACGAGCUGUUAAAACAUGCAGAGGCCACACUUGGCAGCGGCAACCUGCGGAUGGCUGUAAUGCUACCAGAUGGAGAGGACCUAAAUGAAUGGGUGGCAGUGAACACGGUGGACUUCUUCAACCAGAUCAACAUGCUGUAUGGGACCAUAACAGACUUCUGCACUGAGGAGAGCUGCCCCGUCAUGUCUGCAGGACCAAAGUAUGAGUAUCACUGGGCUGAUGGGACCAACAUAAAAAAGCCAAUCAAAUGCUCUGCACCGAAGUACAUUGACUACCUGAUGACUUGGGUGCAAGAUCAACUAGAUGAUGAAACACUGUUCCCUUCUAAAAUCGGGGUGCCAUUUCCCAAGAAUUUUAUGUCUGUGGCAAAGACCAUCUUGAAGCGCCUGUUCCGUGUUUACGCUCACAUCUAUCACCAGCACUUUGACUCUGUCAUGCAGUUGCAGGAGGAGGCCCAUCUCAACACUUCCUUCAAGCACUUCAUCUUCUUUGUGCUGGAGUUCAAUCUGAUUGACCGAAAGGAGCUAGCGCCCCUCCAGGAGUUGAUUGACAAGCUGACGACCAAGGACAGAUAGAUGAAGAGAUGGAACAAACAGCCAUCCCCUUCACACCCAACUCCAACUGAUCUCCUCUGUGCCCUCUGUUCUCCUUUGCUUUGUACAGACGUCCUGCCUUGAUCUAAGCUCAACCGCACACCAUUGCCACAGUAAUACUAGCUGUGGAGGAGAACUACAGUGCUAUACCACAUCAUAGAAAAUCCUGUCAACAAUAUUAACAGUAAAGGGGUGCAAGCUAGCUAUGUUGACUGGUCUUUCCAGGCGCCUCUUUAUUUCCAGGCUUAGUUUUAACAGACACUAUUUUGAGAAUAUCAAGCUAAUGUGUUUAGCUUGUUUGAAUGGCUUGUGCUGUUGUUGUCCCCCACCCCCUUUCAAUUCCCUGAGUGCUUUUAAGGAAACGUCAAUACAUUACUGCCUUCUAGUGGUGGAUCAGCAUAACCAUAUCUCCACCAGUUUUGGCCCUUGUAUCAGUCAUCAUCUCUACUAUAUUUUACCUGUUGGGGACAUGCUCAGUCAAAAUAAUGCAGUGAUUUAGACAGCAGAUGGAUGAAGAUGAAUUCAGAAAAUAUCUGUAUUUCCUAUGCAAUUAUAACAACAGUAAUACGUUUCAAGUUCAACUUGCACAAAGAUGCAUUGUUUUUUCCAACAAAAACUAAUUAACCCUUUUUAAUAUUCGGCCACAGUUUCAUGAUCAUUGUAUAAUUACAUUCCUGUUAGAAAUCUUACAUUUGAAACCGCUUUCCUAUUUGCAUGUUGAGAUGCAUUGGUUGUAUUGCGUAACUAUGAUGUGGUGAAUCCUCAAAGAGUGCUGGUCACUUUUCUGAUCAGAACACUUUGUUCCUUCGGAAUGAGUUGUAUGAGUAUGUAUGUAUGAGCGGUGUAUGAAGACAAAAUACUGGCUUAAGCUUAGCUUAAGUAUUUCCCUUUUAAACAUCCAAUACGAUAAGGUGCAGUUCAAAGACUCGACUAAAGCAUUUACAGAAGUGAUUCGAAGAGUCUGAAAACUGUCAAAAUCUGUCAUGUUUUUGUUUGUUUUUGUCAAGGAGUAAGAUUGUAAUGCCACACAUUUCAAUUCAUGUAGGUGUAUGCCAAAAACAGACUUACUGGCAGCAUUAAGGCUUUUUUUUUGUUGGAACUCUUACUUAAUUUGAUUGUUUAACUCCUAGUAUGAAUUCGGUGUGAAUUCAAUAUUUGUCAGCAUACACCCUGGAAAGUAGCAUUCCAUGAAUGUAAUUAUCUGGAGCAGCAGGUUACUGUGAAGAUGGCUGCAUUAAUGACGGUGCCAACAGUUACUAAGAAUGACAGGCAGGUGUUAACUGUUUGUAUGAACCUAAUUUUGCCUCUGAAAUAGAGUAUAUAUAUUUUCCCUUGACUGUAUCAUAGAUAUUACGUUUUUUGAGCAGGAUGUACAUAAUGUCUAAAAGCUGUAGAAUGCAGCUACAGAAAGCAUUUGAACCGUUACUGAACACUUUGUUAAACAAAUAUUGAUGCUGUAAAUACGCCUAAUAAAAUUUGUUUAACCACA